AUGCUAUUUAACUUCGGUGAUCGCCCGAGCCACGCGCGUGCCGAACGGCUGCCUCAGCCGCCUGAAAUACAAAUUCAACGGCUUACUUUUAAAAAUAAACCGGUUAAAUUGAAAGAUUCAAAUGAUGUUCCCAAAAUACGAGAUCAAAUAAAAGAAAGUUUCGAACUUUUGCUAAGUAAUGAAUCUAGUGAACUAGCUGUUUCGAGAACGUGCAAUAUUGACAUGCGUAAAAUACCCGAAGUUGAUGUCCAGAUGUUAGAUUUGUACUGUCAAUUAAAAUUCGAUAAUCCAAAAGGUGGAGUUUGGACACAGGGUUGGAAUAUAAGUUACGACAAAGAACAAUGGAAUAAAAAAAAAAAACUAAAAGUUAUUGUUGUGCCUCACUCGCACAACGAUCCCGGAUGGCUGAAAACAUUUGAAAACCUCUAUAAUGAAUCAACGCGACAUAUUUUGGAUAAUAUGGUGAUUAAAUUGUCAGAAAACAAACUUAGAAAGUUUAUAUGGGCAGAGAUAUCAUUUUUCAAAAUGUGGUGGGAUGAACAGUCGGAAGAAACCCGUGAAAAAGUGAAACGUCUAAUUGCCAAUAGGCAGUUGGAAAUGGUUGCAGGGGGGUGGGUCAUGCCAGAUGAAGCUGUUUCACACUGGACAGCACAGUUGACUCAAUUAACAGUUGGUCAUCAAUGGUUGAAGACAAAUUUAGAUUAUCUUCCCAUUAGUAGUUGGGCAAUCGAUCCGUUUGGGUUAUCACCGACUAUGCCUUAUCUCCUUAAAAAUUCCGGAUUAAAAAAUGUUAUCAUUCAGCGCGUACAUUAUGCAGUAAAAAAACGUUUAGCUAGAGAUAAAAAUCUUGAAUUUAGAUGGCGGCAGUUAUGGGAUACCACUGGAUCAUCAGAAAUAUUGACACACUUGAUGCCAUUUUCCAACUAUGAUAUAAAGUACAGUUGUGGUCCUGACCCAGAUGUUUGUUGUCAAUUUGAUUAUAUUCAACUAAAGAACGUUCAGACUAGUUGUUCUGGCAAAACGCAACCUAAAGUUAUAACGGAAGCAAAUGUUGCACAGCUUGCUGAAUUAUUAUUAGACCAAUAUCGUAAGAAAUCCGAACUAUACAAAUCAGACGUUGUCUUAGCACCACUGGGUGAUGAUUUUAGCUACAGUACAGACUUUGAAUGGGAUGCCCAGUAUAAUAAUCAUCAAAAAUUGUUUGACUACAUGAAUACAAAUGAGCAAUUCAAUAUUGAUAUUAAAUUUGGGACACUAACGGAUUAUUUCAAUGCACUACGAAACGACCAAAAUAUCAACGACCUGCCAAGUUUAUCUGGUGACUUUUUUACUUACUCCGACAAAGAACAGAAUUACUGGAGCGGAUAUUAUACAUUACGACCUCUUCACAAAAGGCUCGACCGUGUUCUUAUGGGUGCGUUGCGCGGAGCCGAAAUACUGUUGUCAAUCGCAUGGGCACUUGGUCAUAAGCAUUUAGUUGAAGGUAAUUUUGAGAAACGCAUUACCGAAGCAAGGCAGUGGCACUCGUUGUUCCAGCAUCACGAUGCUAUUACAGGAGUAUCUGCAGACGACGUCGUUCAAGAUUAUGCUAAAAAAGCAAUCACUGCUCUAAAUAAUUCAGCUCAUAUUACUCAGCAAUCAGCAGCGCACUUAUUAAUAAAUACUGAAAGCCCCUCUUUAAAACCGGAAUCGAUUUACUUAUCUCUAGACCAAGUUAGGUCUCACCAUACCAGUAUCGAAAAUAGGUACGUCCUAUCAUUUAACGACAGCGAGUCUUUUAAAAGAGUUAUCAUUUAUAAUUCAUUACCCCGACAAAGAAUCAGAGUUCAGACAUUAAUAACAUCAACGCCUUUUGUCAAAGUUACCAAUCACCGAGGUAAACUAUUGCAGUGUCAAGUAUCACCCGUUUGGACUGGAUCGGCAAAACUUUCAAGUAAACGUUAUGAAUUAUCAUUUGUCGUUACUGUAUCUGGUUUCGGACUCAAUACAUACCUAAUCCAUUCGGUCAAAAAUACUAGCAAUGUGCCUUCAAGUGUUCAUUUCGCUAAUAUAACUCUAUUCAACACAACAAUUUCCCCGUCAAAUGUACCAGGAUUUAAUGAUUUCAAAAUUAUUCCUUCUGCACAAGAAUUUUCAGUUAAACAACGUCCGGAUAUUUCGGCUGAUUUUUCAAAGUCUGGAUUUCUUAAAUCUUUGCGAAAUGGAGAUACAAUUACAUCAGUAAAUUUGGAAUUUGUUAAAUAUGAAGCUAAGAAUAGAGGCGGUCAUGUAUUUAUACCAAAUAAACCAGAUCCUGAUCCUAUUUACAUGACUGAUGAUCGUGUCAUUCGGUUGGUCGCGGGUCCUAUUUUAUCAAGAGUAUUUGUAUUGCUGCCACAUCUUAAUCACACUUACACAUUGUUCAAUUCACCUGGAAGCGAUGGUCUAGGACUUCAUAUUUCCAAUGAAGUUGAUCUUACUGAGGAAAAAAAUUUUGAACUGGUUAUGCGUUUAAGCACAAAGAUUUCUUCUGGUGAUGAGUUUUUUACCGAUUUAAAUGGACUUAAUAUGAUUAAGCGCCGAAGAUUUUCAAAAUUACCUACCCAAGCUAAUUACUAUCCUCUUCCAUCAGUUGGUUACAUUCAAGAUAAUCAAACACGAUUAACAAUCGUAACAGGGCAGCCAUUGGGAGUGGCAUCCAUGGCUUCUGGACAAUUUGAGAUAAUGCAAAAUCGUAGAUCUAGCCAUCAGGACUAUUUGCAUGGUCUUGGACAAGGAGUCACAGAUGAGUUAUCAACAAAGCAUAUCUUUAUGCUAGUGUUAGAAAAAAAGAAAUCGUCCUGCAAUACUUUACCAGUAAAUCAUCCUGCAGGAGCGCUUUCUAUUGGUGGAUUAUUGGCAUCAGACGAAAUUUUACAUCCUCUUAUCGCAAUGCAUCCACAGCCAGCACUAGAUAUUGAUUAUUAUUAUAAAGACCAUUUUACACCACUAAAUUUUGAUCUCCCAGUAGAUUUGUCUAUUGCUAAUCUUCGUGUCUUUUCAGUAGCUGAAGGUGAUGAUAAUGGUCUGGGAAUAGUAUUACAUCGUCAACUUAUCGAUACUUGUUGGAGUGAUGAGAUAAUUGGACGUUUUAAAUUAUCAAAUAAUGGCGAAAUAAAUAUUAGAAAAUUAUUUAAUUUCAUUAAAGACGGGUCUAUUAAUGAAUCGUCGUUAACUUUCAAUUAUUUCGGACCGUUACUGAAAUCACAGACUAUUAGGUUAUGCCCACAUCAAAUUUCGGCUUUUUUAUUUAGAAUAUAG